AUGGAGCGCCAGAAGCGGGAGCCCGAGCUCCAGCGGCUUUACCACCGGUUGCUGCAGCCGUUGUCGCUCUUCCCCCGCAAGGCGACGCCGGCAGCGUCUCAGAAGCGCCGCCCGGAGGAGAUCGGGAUGGUGCAGCUCCUGUCGCAGCCCCGGCUGACAGUGGCGUCGCUGUGCCGCCAGGUGGCCCAGCGGCUGGCCCGCAGCGGGCUGACGGCCCCGGUGCGUCCCGAGGACCGGCUCCGCCUCACCGAGGUCAUUCUGGACGAGCUGAAGUGCGGCUGGCAGGAGCCUCCCGCCGAACCUGAUCUGAGCCAGAGGGACAAUCAGAAGCUGCGGCAGCGGCUCGAGGCCCACGUACUGCUUAGCAGCGAGCAGCUCUUCUUACGCUACCUGCACCUGCUGGUGACCAUGUCGGCCCCUGCAAGCGUCUUCACCGAGCCAGCCACCCUCACACGCUUGGCCGCCAACCUCGCCAAGGACUGCACUCUCUUCCUCACCAGCCCUGACGUCUACCGUUGCCUGCUCGCCGACUUCCGGGUUCUGCUGAAGGUACAGGCCCGUCGCUCGAUGGGCCACAAGUACCGCGCCGAGGACCAGGAGAGCCGCGCCGAGGACCAGCACUACCCCGCGGAGGACCAGCACUACCGCAGCAGCCCCAUUGGGGCCUCCAAGCUCUGCCCUAUGCCCUGGCCUCACGGCACCGGCUUUGCUCACGUGCCCUGCUCCAGCCUCAACCUGAACUACCUCGUCUAUCUUAGCCGCCCGCCCGAGUUUCUCAGCAAGCCCGAACCGGAUCCCAUGAAGGAACUGAAGGCCAUCGCCCUGCUGAAGAAGAGAAAACCCUUCCGCUGGCUGCCCUCCAUGCCAAAGAAGAGGGAAUUGGAGUUCAGUUCCUCACAGAUUGUGUCACCGCCCAGCAACUUUGAGAUUCCCACCAAGCGGGCAACACCUACCCGCCACUUACCCCUCUCCUCCCAACUCCGGGGCCACCAGUCCAUGCCCUGUCUGCGGGAUGGAUGGAAGCUGGCAGAUGAGUUGGGCUUUCCUCUGCGCCCCCCUCGCCCCUUAACGCCACUGGUCCUGGUUGUGGAGGGCAAACCGGAGCUGGAGAGGGAUGCUGUGGCUGAGGAUCUGAGGCAGAUGGUGAACGUCAAAUUGGAGUGUGUUUGCUACCGAUGGCUCUCCUCGGGCCUGCCCCCACUUCUGGGGGCUCUGACCCGCUACCCGGCUGCAGGGCACCGCAUGGAAGAGCUGCAGAGGACGUUGAAGGCUCUCCAGGAGGAAGAAGCCUUUGGGCAGCGGGACCGCCAGCCCCCCAAAGCCCCACCACUUCACCCACAGCCAGUGACCAUGACUCUGAAGCUGAGAGAUCAGGGUGUGGUCCAGGCAGCUGCUGUACAGGUCUCUGAUAGGAACUUUCUGGACUCCUUCCAUGUUGAGGGGGCUGGAGUCCUGUACAAUCACCUGACUGGUGAACUGGACCCCAAACUCAUCGAGGAAAUGGAUAGCCAUUGUUUUGUGGGCAGUAACAUUCGGGAGGUCUACAAGGAGUUGAUGAGCCGGGUAUCUACUGACCACUUCUGUUUUGACCAGGGACCCCUGGUGGAGCCUGCAGCAGAUAAAGACUGGUCAACCUUCCUGUCCUCAGCCUUCCUACGUCAGGAAAAACAGUACCACAUCAUCAACCCUGAACUGGCUGAUAUUCACUCCCGGGACACAAAUGCUUUACAGCCCAACCCGGAGAGGCCGUCCUCCAUGGCAUCACUCUACCCACGCAAAAGCUGGGAGAGGCAGUCAAACAAGUUCACGUGGAUGAACUGGUGGCAAGCCGGCUUGUCUGGAGAUGACUACUUCAAGUACCUCAGCAGCCAGGAGACGGAUUUUCUCCACAUCAUCUUCCAAAUGUAUGAAGAGGAGGUUCCCGUGGAAAUAGUGGCCCCUGUCAAAGAAUCCCUGGAGAUUCACCCUCCUCCUCUCUUGUUAGAAGAUGAAGAGCCCUGGGACUUCGUGCCAGGCGAAUGGGAUUGCAACGUGGUGCUGGAGCACAGGCUGGGGGUUGAGAGGCUGGACCUCCUGGGAGAACCCCACAAACUCCUGAGCCUGCAGAAGCGUCUGGAGUGGCUAUGGUCCAUGCUUGAGGUCCCCGACAAGGACAGGUUGGAGAUGGCCAUCAAGUACAGCUCCAAUGCCCGUCUGGGGCAGCUGCCUUCAUUGGUGAAUGCCUGGGAAUGUGCCCUGCAACCCAUUCAACUGCGGGAGAUAUUGCUGGGGAGACUGGAGCGGUUUGAGCGACAUGCCUCCGACCCCAACCGCUUCUUCCAAAAGACUGACACGGGCCUGAGUUGCCUCCUGGAGGAGAAUCAGAUCCGCAACCAUCUGUACAGGAAGCUCCGUCAAGUGGAGGCUUUUUUGGUUCCCCUCCUGGAGGAGAUUGAGUUAAUCUUUGAAGACCCCGUGACCUUUAAGGGGCGGCGCUAUCUGGACAAGAUGAAGUGUGACAAAGUGGAGAUGCUCUACUGGCUGCAGCAGGGGCGGCGGGUUCACCACCUGGUCCAGGCCCAGAAGACCUCCCGCCUGUCAGCCCUCUCUAAGAGGCUCAGCAGCCAGCCUUUAGUAGCUCCUGGAAACACUCCCAUUACCCUUUGAGCAAGCCCAAGUGCUCUCAAAUCCCUUCCAGAACACCCAGCAGCUUAUUCAGACCUCUUGACUGCACUGGAAGAAGAAACAGCAUGCAGGGUUCAGGAACAUUAUGCUUUCAGCUAAAGAAGGGAGUGAGAUUAAGACUUUUCGACAGUGACCUUCUCAAAAAAAGAACCCCCAGCCCCAGUGUUCCUGUUUAUGUUAAGCCAUGCACAAUACAGCCAAAAUCUCGUAUAUCAAAAGAACCAAGACCAUCCCUUGCAGUUUAUUGUAAUGGGAAAUGUCAGAUGGAGACAGAUCACAACCUUAGAGCGACUCAAGUUAUCAUUUCUAAUAUGUUACAUAAAAUUGACUGAUUAGAACCACAGAUCAGGAUGCUCUAUGGCCUAAUGGUAAAGGGCAAGAGCUCGGGAGUUAGUAGAUGUAGUUUUAAAUCCUGACUGUGAUCUUGGGCAAGUUUCCUAACUUAACUGCACCUGGGUCAUCAUAUGUCAGUUGAAGGAGUUGGGUCCAGGUUGUCACUUCUUCCACUUGCAGCAUGAUGUUGGUAGAGCUAAAAUUUUAAAUCAAAUGUUUACCAAUUAAUACAAGCACAUGGUACAAAGUACAUGAGGACUAAAAAGUAAGACCCCUUCCCAUCUCUGCCUCUAGUAUCUCAAUUCCCCUCCCUGGGAUAACAACCAUUACCCAUUUCUUGUGUAUCUUUCCAUUUCCUUA